AUGCACCAGAUCCAGCAUCCAUGUAGCCUGCUGCAAUGUUGGGACAUUGCUGGGUACAGGAAACCAGUGUAUCACGAUGCGAUCACUGCACGACUACAAGAAGAACCAGAGGAGGAGGAGAAGCCACAGCCUCCGCCAGAACCGGAGCCUCCCAAGAAGUACAUUCCUGUCUAUCUACGUCCGGGAGGUGCCUCCAGUUCACUGGCUCCAAAGCCGAACGUAAGCAGCGCAACUGAUUUUCCUACACUGGAUGCCGCAUGCACCACAGAGCCAGCCGGAAAGAAUAAAACUCCCGCGAGUCCUCCUCACGAGGACGAUGAUAACGCUGGCUGGUCCCAAGCCGGAGCAUCACAGCGGCCGGCUCGCGCACAGAAUGUACUUCCAAUAGCUGUCAAUACUAAUCCAUCCGUGUACGUGCCUCCGGCACUGCGAUCUGGCGGUUCUUUCCCAACCGCACCAGCACCCUCAACACGAUUCGAAUCGCGCCAGGAGUUUCGUAGUUCACGUCCUCGGGAAAGUAUGACCAAUCGACCAGAAGGUCUCGGGAGUGGACUUCGAUCAGAAGGAGUUCCAGCCAGAGAAACCUUGAGCACAAAUUUUGACGGAUGGUCUCGUGGUGCCACAAUAGAUUCGUCAAAGACUCUUGCUACUGGUCCGUCCGGUGGAUCACCAUUCAGUACCAAGGUUCCCUCUCCUUCCCGCCCGUCAUACACACCUGCUAAUUACUCGACUGGAACCAAUUCCGGCUGGGCUCGUAAUGUGAAUGUAAAAACUUUCAAGGAAUCAGGUCGCGAGAAACCGGAAUUCGAACUGGUCCAGACCAAUCGGUUUGCUGGGCUUGAAGAAAGUUGA